CUGUUACAGGAGCUCCUGGAGCUGAACUCCGGCCUGCUCGUCUCGUACAACCUCUCUGCUUCGGUACGAAACGCCGCUCACGAAGAAGUGACGCGAGCAGAUCUGAAGAUUCGAGUGCAUUCAACUAAACGGCACUCUUCUCAAAUAAACAUCUAUGAAGUUGAUGAGAAGCAUCCGGAGAUACGGAGGUUAAUUGACACAAAGUCGAUCGUCGCUCUCAAUGCAACACGACAAAGUCAGUGGUUUGACUUCGAUGUCACAUCAGCGUUUCAAUCGCCACGUAGCGAUCACGAUACGGUAAGUUGUCUUCCUUAUCGAACAUCCGGAUAUCGUCAUUCUACACUUCUGAAGCCACAUUCCAUGUCUGCCGUUCCUUUCACUCGGCAUCAAAGUUUUCCUCUCAUUGUCUACAGCGCCCUCAAGGAGCCAUCGCGAGUGCGACGAAAACGUGCCGCGACACCACCGCGUCGCGAACGAAAGAAGCAACGCAAGCAACAUCAUCGUAACGGGACCGACAGCGGUAUUUGCCAGAAAAAGGCGCUUUACGUGGAUUUUGAGGAAAUCGGUUGGCAAGAGUGGAUUUUGGCACCAAAAAGCUAUGAAGCAGGCCAGUGCGUUGGUGUCUGUCCACAUCCCUUGCCAGCACAUUUAAAUGCGACUAAUCAUGCUAUUGUGCAGUCAUUAACGAACUCACUCAAUCCACAGAUUCCACCACCAUGUUGUGUACCAACUGAAACACACAUC